GAGAGGCUUCGUAGGGGCUAAGUAAACUCUGCCUUUGGUACCUCUAUAAGAACCCCUAGAAGGAAAAGUCACUCAUAUCAAGACUAGGACUGGAGUUGGUAUCGUCAUGGGUGAGGAAGUGAAGCUUUUUGGUGUUUGGGGAAGCCCUUUCAGUCGGAGAGUGGAAAUGGCUCUGAAGCUGAAAGGUGUCGAAUACGAAUACUUUGAAGAGGACCUGCAAAACAAGAGCGAUCUGCUUCUCAAAUACAACCCAGUUCACAAGAAGAUCCCUGUGCUCCUACACAAAGGAAAACCAAUAGCAGAGUCUGCUGUUAUUCUUGAAUACAUCGAUGAGACAUGGAAGGGCUUUCCCCUAUUGCCUAAAGACCCUUAUCAAAGAGCCACAGCUCGGUUUUGGGCUAGGUUCGUUGAGGAAAAGUGCAUGCCUGCGCUAUUCAACUGCACUGUCGCGGAGGAUCGUAAAAAGGCUGUGGAGGAAGCUCAUGAGACUCUGAAACUACUUGAAAAUGAGCUCAAGGAUAAGAAGUUCUUUGGGGGAGAGGACAUUGGAUUUGUGGACAUUGUUGCUGACUUCAUAGGAGGCUACUGGCUUAGAGAUAUUCAAGAGAUUGUCGGAUUGGAGCUCUUAACAAAAGAGAAAUUUCCCAAGCUAUGUGAAUGGAGCGAUGAGUUUGUCAACCACGCUGUUAUUAAGGAAUGUCUGCCUCCUAGAGAUAAGCUAUUUGCUUUCUUCCGCACCCGCUUUGGUUCAAAGUCAUAGAUAACUUACAAGCAUCUUUUGUCUCGUGAUAUACAAAAAUAAAUCUAGAUUGUCGAUAAUAAUAAAUCUAGAUUGUCGAUCAUAAUAAGUUCGGUUCUUAUGUAUGUCUAUGUAAUAUAUGUUUUCAGCUGAAAUUAAAGAUCGUGUUAAAAUUUCGUGAUCA